ACCAUAAACACAGCGCGAACCGGUUCGUCGUUGUAGUCACCAUCACUGUCGCGUGAGAGCGGUUCUUUCCGCAGCAGUGUGUGUGUGUGUGUGUGUGUGUGUGUGUGUGUGUGUAUGUGUGUGUGUGUGUGUGUGUGUAUGCGCGUGUGUAUGCGCGUGUGUGUGUGUGUGAGAGAGAGAGAGAGACGGGACAGUUAAGCGCAGUUAAGUCACUCGGCUCGUGUCCGCACGCGCUGCUGCUGUUCGCCUUGAGAUCGUGCACACCGUCUUUAGCGUGAGAAAAAACACAAGAAGAGGAAAAACCUGGCAAAAGUGUCACGUCGCGUCGUCGGGUCCGUUGCGCAUUAUUUCAGCACGCGGGGAAAAUUCCUCAUCCGGGAGCGCGCGCGCUGUAAGAAAUGUGCGAGACACCGGCAAAGCGCAGCGGCACGGGGACGGAUUGACCAGGCCACAGGACACAGGCGCUGACGGCACACAGGCGCACACAGGCGCUGACGGCACACAGGCGCACACAGGCGCUGACGGCACACAGGCGCACACAGGCGCUGACGGCACACAGGCGCACACAGGCGCUGACGGCACACAGGCGCACACAGGCGUCUGGGAACUCAUUCUACACAGCUGGAACGUUUUUGACACGCGAGCGCGCGCGCACAUCACUGCAGAAUCUACAACACAAACGCGCGCGCGUCUAUAGUUCUGCGUGUACGUGUACGUGGACGUGAACGGGCUUCAGGAUGCAGGUGUCCUUUGCGUGCACGGAGCACAACCUGAAGAGUAGGAGCGAGGAUCGCCUGUGCGGGCUGCGCGCGGCCCCACCACCGGGGGGCAGCAGCGGGGGCUGUGGAGGGGCAGGGGGAGGUGGGGAGCGGAGCAGUGUACAGGUCAGUAACGGAAAUUACGCCACGCAGAACUCCGUUAAAAUCCGUGACAUAACGGGGUCACGAGGUGUGACACAAGGCCACGCCCACAUGAAGGAGGCUUUUGGCCGACACAGCAACAUGAAGUACAGAAAUUUGGGGAAAUCAGGUCUCCGUGUGUCGUGUUUAGGCCUCGGGACAUGGGUGACGUUUGGCUCACAGAUUUCAGAUGAGAUGGCAGAGAACCUGAUGACUAUAGCAUAUGAGAACGGUGUGAACCUGUUUGACACAGCUGAGGUGUACGCUUCAGGCAGAGCUGAGAUUACUCUUGGUAAUAUUAUUAAGAAGAAAGGAUGGAGGAGAUCCAGUUUUGUAGUAACGACCAAGAUCUACUGGGGAGGACAGGCGGAGACAGAGAGAGGCCUGUCCAGGAAACACAUCAUCGAAGGUCUCCGAGGCUCUUUAUCGAGACUGCAGCUGGAUUAUGUGGACAUCGUCUUUGCGAAUCGUAACGAUGUCAACAGUCCGAUGGAAGAAGUGGUGCGUGCGAUGACCUUUGUCAUAAACCAAGGCAUGGCCAUGUACUGGGGGACGUCCCGCUGGAGCGCGAUGGAGAUAAUGGAGGCGUACUCAGUAGCUCGGCAGUUCAACCUGAUCCCCCCGGUGUGUGAACAGGCCGAGUAUCACUACUUCCAGAGGGACAAAGUGGAAGUGCAGCUGCCUGAACUUUACCACAAAAUCGGUGUGGGGGCGAUGACCUGGUCUCCGUUGGCGUGUGGUUUGAUCACCGGGAAAUACAGUGACGGAGUUCCAGAAUGUUCUAGAGCUGCAAUGAAAGGCUAUCAGUGGCUAAAGGAGCGCGUUCACAGUGAAGAAGGGCGCAGACAGUUGGCUAAGAUCAAAGAGCUCCACCUGAUGGCCGACCGACUCAGCUGCACACCCGCACAGCUUGCUAUUGCCUGGUGUUUACGCAGUGAAGGUGUUAGUUCUGUAUUGUUGGGGGUUUCAAACACAGACCAACUACUAGAGAACCUGGGAGCACUGAGGGUUAUCUCUCAGAUGACUCCUCAGGCAGUGAGUGAGAUUGACACCCUGCUGGGCAACAAGCCGCACUCCAAGAAAGAGUCCCGGGCGUGAGGACAGUCCCGGGUGACGAGAACGAGACAACGAGAUCCGAGUGUGACCGGGACGAACGGACGGCUUUUGCUUCCUUCCCUUCCUGUGUAUUCCAUCUUCCUGCAUGGCUCCUGCGAACCACCGGGCUUCCAGAACGAUCUGAACCAAACCCACUCCUGAUCUUUUAGAAACAUGUUACAGAAACGUCAGAAAAUACCCCAUUAACACAACAGGAGAGAUUUUAAUCUCCAAAGGAAAAACAAACAAACAAACAAACAAACAAACAAACAAACAAACAAACAAACAAACAGACCAAUAUUUGAAUAAGAGCGAACAUCAUGUCUUCCAGGUGAAACACUUUGGUGAAGGGGAGUUGUAACAAACUCACUUCCUUUUCCAAGGAUGCCAUGCAGCAAGCUUUUGGUGUGUGUGUGUGUGUGUGUGUGUGUGUGUGUGUGUGUGUGUGUGUGUGUGUGUGUGUGUGUGUGUGUGUGUGUGUGUUUGUGUUUGUGUUUGACUGCAGUUCACUGCCGAUGACGCGAAUUAACCGCAAGCAGCAAAACACGUGUGUGUGUGUGUGUGUGUGUGUGUGUGUGUGUGUGUGUGUGUGUGUGUGUGUGUGUGUGUGUGUUUUCUCUCGUUAUCAUAGCCUGCAAUAGUAGACACGCAGACCCAACUCUGUCAUUUAUUUCUUAUUCCUCCUAAUCAUCCCGCCAUUACUCACUUCCCCCGAACAGCGGAAGGACAAAUCACCAUGGUGACGACUGCUGUGUGAAACGGAGAAAAUGUAUGAAGAUAACUUAUUUCAUGAGUCUUCCUCCAUCUUAUCACUGCGGUCAACAAACUGUGCGCAUGGCCCUUUAAGACAGUCCCUACUUCUUGUGUGUGUGUGUGUGUGUGUGUGUGUGUGUGUGUGUGUGUGUGUGUGUGUGUGUGUGUGUGUGUGUGUGUGUCCUGCUAUAAUUUCUUAACUGUAUCAUUUGCACAAAGCAAAAAGUGUCAAAGGACAAAGGUCAGUGAGACACAGAGACAAUGACAGACAACAAUAGCAUGAAGAGAACGUCCAUUGUGUGUGUGUGUGUGUGUGUGUGUGUGUGUGUGUGUGUGUGUGUGUGUGUGUGUGUGUGUGUGUGUGUGUGUGUGUGUGGACACUGUUCAGUAUGAAGAUAUUAGAAAAAAUCACAACUCAAAAGGUGGUGUGUCCAAUCAGCUGCUCUGUAUUUUAGCUACCUAGCUGUUUAGCGCCACACGAUUAGCUACGUCACUCACAACCCAUGCUAGGUAUAUCUGCUAUAUCUGCUACUUAAUUUAUAGCAGAUUUAGCUAUUAGCUAGCCAUUUUUAUUUUUUUUGAAUAAACAAAAUCAACUGUUCUGUACUAUUUGAAUGGCUAGCUAGCGUUAAUAAAUCUAUUCAAGUUGUUUAAUAAUUAACAUUUUUGUGAACUGAUUUGAGUCUAGAACACAACACAUGACCAUGUGGUCGGUUGCAGACUUAAUGUUGUGCUACUGUCUACAGAAUGUAGCUACAGUGUCGGCCAUUUUGAAUUCAUACCUUUAUUCAUGCUAGACUUCUAACAAAAAGUGCUAGCUGCUAAAAAUCUAAAGUUUUACUGUUCAUUUUUCUGUUUUACAGGGUUUCAAACAUACAGUGUUAUUCUCAGGAGCUACAGGGGGUUGUGUAUUACCCAUAAUGCAAUGCAAAUUAAGCGAAUCCUAAAAUUUUCUACUUUUCCUGUCACACGAUGCUAGCGGUCAGACGUUCCUGGUUAUCGUGUCAGGUGUAGCUGAGUGUAAACGGGCUACAACAGAGCGACGUUGCGGCGGUCUGUCUUCAAUUCGCCUCAACAUUUUUGUUUACUUUUUUCCUUUUUGAUUCUUACACUGAAUUGUAUUAACAGCUCGUGUUUAGGAACAUGUCACACAUUUGCUACAUGAUUUAUCUGUACGCUAACUUUCGCUUGCAGGAGAGUGUUUAAACUGUGCUGAGGAUGAUGGGAAACACACUACAGUUUGAGCAGUGAGAUGAUUUAUUUCUGACUGUUAUGAUGUGGAUUUAGCUUUCAGGACACGUCCUGGAGCAUGUCUGAUUAUUAGCUGUGUGUGUGUGUGUGUGUGUGUGUGUGUGUGUGUGUGUGUGUGUGUGUGUGUGUGUGUGUGUGUGUGUGUGUGUGUGAAACUUUAUUUAACGACACUGAAGGAUCUGUUUUGCCAGCGAGAACUCGAGAAUGCAAUCAGGAAGUUGUUUUUCGCACCCAGACGACAAGGUCUGGCUCGCUGUCACUCACUUUGAAGGGUUGUGAUGGAAUUUCAUUUGCUGAGUCACUCAACUCGACGUUCCCUCACGGACCACUGUGAUUUGGGACACAGCCACGAAUCUGCCCGGUAACAGAAGACUCAGGGCAGUGUCUGGUGGUCUGGUGCUCAUCUCCACCGCACUCCAAUUUCAUUCUAACGUGUUUGAUACUUUUGAAGUAAAUCGAACGAUACGAUUCAUUCGAUUCAUUCGAUUCACCCCUCGGAGUGACAAUCCAGUGGGCCACCUCCAGUUCCUCGUGCUCAUCAAGAAUCUUCUUGGGUUGUUGUGGAGAUGAUGAAAAUUUGACAAUGAAAUUUGACAAAUUCAACUCACUUGAAUUGUGCAAAUUCUCUGCUCACUAGUUGUACCGUGUACAGCCGAGAUAAAAGCAAUCAUGUUAUGAUGAAGUGCUGAGUAAAGAUGAAUGAAUCGAUGAAUCAAACAAUCAAUGAAUGAAUCAAAAUCAGGCUUUGGAAGAAGCAUCUGAUGUAAAUCCCCUGUUUCAGGGCAGUGAUCCCGAAUCCCUUUACUGCUGAAGAGAAUCCACGGCUCGAGCGGCCGCCAUGUGAUACGGACACGUUCGUGAUUACAUCAUUAACGUCUACCGUUUUAGAAAAAUGUAAAUAUCGUACUCGAGCUGGACCUGACGGAAAAUAUCUCCAGCAGCCGGACUGACGUUCAAACGCGAAUGCUUUUUAGUUUGUUUUUUUUCAUGUGAUGUAUUAUAGUUAGCAAGAUCAAGUUAUAUGAAGACACUAGCAGUGUAAAUUCACAUUUAGAGCACAGAAACUCCUCCGUAACUCUGCCUGUGUCGGUUCGGUUUUAAUGUCUUGCACCAAAAAAAAAAGAAAAGAAAAAAAAAGAAAUGAUUCACUCUAAAACCCUGUACCGAAUGUAUUCAUGCUUGCCUUUAAAAUGUCUGAAGAAACUCACUGCAAUGUUUUAAGGCUCUUUAAUCAAUGUCAGGUGUGUUGUGUGAUUGUGCAGCUCAAAAUAACUUACACACAUAUAUACCAUGUUGGAUGUUCAGAAUUAUUGGCACCCUUCAUUAAACAUGAGCAAAAAUGCAAUUAGUGAUUUUUUUCAGCUUACACAUAUGUUAACGAUUUAAAAUAAUAUUUUUAAACAUAAAACUUUCUUAAGCAAUACAGAGCCCUUGUUUCAAAAGUACUGGCACUAUUAUAUUUAAUACGUUUCUUUGGGGAAGCUCCAUGUCUUCUUCAGAGACAUACUUCACUGUCUACAUGGUGCAGAAAGCUCUUUCAUGAUGGUGUGAUUUUAGAUGUUUGCUGAAGAGUUUCAGAAGAUUUAAAAUGAUUCCUUUAGAGCACCAAACAUUUUCCCAAGCGUGAUAUGACUUACAGUACCUUGACUUCAGUACGUCUUUAAGUGUUUUAUGUUAUACGAUAAUGAAGGGAUAGGGUCUGGGUGCCAAUAUUUCUGGAGGUGUGUUGUAUAUAAGAUUAAUUAGCAGAGUUUAAAGUUUUGUCAAAAUGAAUCACAGUGAAACCCAGUCCUUUAUUCUGAGAACUACACCAAGCCGAGGAAAAUUAAGACAAACACUAGUGUUGAUGUCCCAUGGUCCUAAUGAUCCUGAUGAGCUUAAGCUCCGCCCCCAGUUACACCAACAGGGUCUGCAUUACA